AUGCUCUCACGUGUUGCUGCAGUGAAGGCACUCCGCACACAGAACCGUCGCCGCGUGACCGGAUCCAGCGGAAGGAGGAGGGAAGGAGGAGAGAGUGAGCCGCAGAGGUCCAACAUGUCCCGGCGUGUGUUUACUUCCGCGGUGCUGCUCCUCCUCGUCGUGAUGAUGUGCUGUGGAAGUGGUGGAGCUGUGAAAGCUGAGGUGGAGCCAACGCCACGUCAGGGAUCUUCACCGAGCCCAGCUUUUGCUUGGAGAGAUACAACAGGUAAUGAAACAGUGAGUUCGCUACGUGUUCCCAGUCUUGUUGAGGUGAAUGGUAAAGUGUUUGCCGUUGCCGAGGCGCAGUGCAAGAAUGGUGAAGACACCGUCUUUACUGGCAUUGCAUCCCAACUACUCUCGGAAACAGAGGAUAGCCAAGAGGAGGUGCUGAACGAUCCAAAAGCUAAGACACAAUUACUGGAGGAAGGCGAUUCCCCAAGCAAGAAAGUAUAUGUGAGCCGACCAACAACAGUUGUGAAUGGAAGUGAUAUUUACAUGCUGGUUGGAAAAUACAGCGGGAAACCUGCUGCUGAUGUUUCUGUGGAGGGCGAUGCAGUUGACUGUGGAUUUUUACUGGUGAAAGGGGAAUUCAGUGGUGAAGAAGGCAGCAAAGGAAUCCAAUGGAGCGAUACCAAAAGUCUCCCGCUGACACCUUCCUGCAAACAACACGAAUAUUUAACGGGGCUGAUUGGCGGCGGUGGAUCGGGUGUAAAGAUGAAGGACGGUACGCUUGUGUUCCCAUUGCAAGGAACCAAAAAGAAGGAGACCGACACCGAAGAGAGUGGAGAGCCCGUUUCGCUGAUUAUGUACUCCUCGGAUACUAAGAAUUGGAAGCUGUCGAAGGAGGUGCCUGAUGAUGGCUGCAGUGAUCCCUCCGUCGUGGACUGGAAGGGAAAACUCAUGAUGAUGACUGCGUGUGAUGGCCGCCGCAGGGUGUACGAGAUCGGUGACAAGGGGAAUUCGUGGACGGAGGCACUCGGGACACUCUCGCGCGUGUGGGGCAACAAACAGGGCGUUGGAAGCGGGUUCAUCACAGCGAGGAUUGACAACAGGGACGUGAUGCUCGUUACUCUGCCGGUGUAUCCCGAGAAGGCUCAGGAUGAAGAAGGCAAUCCAAAGGGCGUACUCCAUCUUUGGCUGACGGACAACACGCACAUUGUUGAUAUUGGGCCGGUGUCCGGGAACGAUGACGUUGCCGCCAGCUCCCUGUUGUACAAAAGUGGAAAUAAUAAAGAGGAGUUGAUUGCACUGUACGAGAAGAAGAAGGGCGGUGGGGAGACACCAUCACUCGGUAUGGUCUCUGUGCGUCUGACUGAGCAGCUGAAGCGAGUGAAGGAGGCGCUGGCGACCUGGAAGAAAGUGGACCAAAGCGUUUCCCAGCUGUGCCCCUCUGAGAGGGACCGUCCAACUGGCAAUGCCUGCAGCGCUGAUAAAAUCACGGAUGGGCUGGUUGGCUUUUUGUCCGGCAACUUCUCUAAUGGCACAUGGAGGGACGAGUACCUCGGCGUGAACGCCAGAGUAAAUAAUAAAGAAGGGGUGGAGAAAAAGGAAAAUGGCGUAACAUUUAAAGGACGUGGUGCGUGGGCGCAGUGGCCUGUUGGCAGUCAGGGGGAGAAUCAGCUGUACCACUUUGCGAACUACAACUUCACUCUUGUGGCGACGGUGUCCAUCCACGGUGUGCCGGAGAGCGGCAGCCACAUUCCUUUAAUUGGUGCGAAGAUGAAUGACAGUGAGAAGACUGUACUCGUGGGACUGUCAUACAAAAACAAAGAAAAGAAGUGGAUAUUACUGUGCGAUGGCGGAGAGAACAAGGAGCACAGCAGCCAUUUGGAGACAAAGAAAUCAGAACACGUGGUAAUUUUGCUACGGAACGGCAACCACUGCUCUGCGUACGUCGAUGGUAAGCUCGUGGGGAGUGCAGAAUUUGAAUGUGAAAACACGAAGGAUAAGGAGAUCUCACACUUCUACAUUGGAGGGGAUGAAGACAACGCAGAGGGCCAAGAAGGCGUGUCUGUGACUGUGACGAACGUAUUGCUUUACAACCGCCCGUUGAGUUCCGCAGAGAUUGCAGGGCUUUUCAAAAAUACAAUUACUGUUCCGAAGCCGGAAGGUCCGAAGACAUCGAUGGAUGCUCUUUCACCAACGGUAAGUGCACCGGACGUGGAGGGAACCGUGCCCCAUUCUACGCCUGGCAGACCACAGCCGAAUGGAAGUGUUGGUGCGGGUGCUGGUGGUGUAUCCAGUGCAGCUUCCGUUAUUACGACUCCCUCGUCUGAUGUUGACCAAACGAUGGUAACAGGAGGUGGAGAUACGAUGCAGAGAAAUGGACCACUCCAAACUCCUGAGGUGAGCGUGAGCUCUGGCGAGGAUGGGGAGCCGGCAAAAAGAACGGAUGUGCAGGGAGAGGAAGGAAUCCAUUCACAGCACGGGGAAGUAAAUGCUGCGGCACUCAACAGCAGCCUCGGAAAAUUGUCGCAGGUGAAUAACAGCGAUGGCGGCACUGUGCGUGGGAGCGGACUGCUGUCGUUCCUCCUUCUUCUGUUGGGACUGUGGGGGUUUGCGGCUCUGUGA